AUGGGUCAAUUGAGUCGUGUGGGUAGCCUUCUGAUAAUUCUCACAAUCGGAGCACAUUUAUACGUUUCGCCUUACACCAAAGUGGAAGAAAGCUUCACGAUACAAGCGGUUCACGACAUUUUGAAAUAUGGAAUUUUCGAUAUCUCGAAAUUUGACCAUUUGCAAUAUCCGGGCGUUGUUCCCCGUACGUUUAUAGGUCCAUUGGUGAUUGCUGCGAUUUCGUACGUUCCAUUAGAGAUUCUGAAAAUGCUUGGGCUAAAAUCAUCAACGUCAAACUUGGACGCCCAGUUGGUAGUGCGCUCCAUUAUUGGCUUAACAAACGCUUUGGGGUUUAUCUACUUGAAAAAUAGAGCACAAGAAUUACUAGAGCGUCGUGUGAACACGCAUGAAAACAAAACUCUCAAAAAAACUUCCAUAGGUACAAUGUUCAGCUUCCUACUCAUUUCCCAGUUCCAUAUCAUGUACUACAGCUCCAGGCCCUUGCCAAAUUUUGUCGUGGCCUUUCCUUUGGUCAAUGUAGCGUUGGGACUGAUUUUGGAAGGCAAAAGAGCUCGUUUUGCCCUACUGAUAUUGGCAUUUUCCAGUAUUGUGUUCCGUCUCGAACUUGCAGCAUUAACUGCAGGUGCUGCACUUGCUCUUCUCAUUGCCAGACGUGUCUCGUUUUCUGAAACAGUACGGUUUGGAUCACUGGGUGCAGUACUGGGAGCAGCGGCAUCCCUGUACUUGGACUCCUACUUCUGGCAGAAUUGGACUUUGCCAGAGCUAGACGCCUUUUUUUUCAACGUUGUUGGAGGAGAAUCCGUCAAAUGGGGUACGAUGCCCUUCCACGCUUAUCUCACCAAUUCUUUACCCACGAUUUUUGUCCCACCACUCGUUCUUUUUCUAAAUAUCGUGGGAUUUAGUGUUGCUCCCCAAGAGCUCAAGAUUUUAGCCCAGGCCGCGUAUUUCCACAUCUUUGUUCUCUCAUUCCAACCCCAUAAAGAAUGGAGAUUCAUUGUAUACACCAUUCCUGUUCUUACCCUCGUGGCGAGCUGUGGGGCUUCGCAUCUUUUCAGCUCACGGAGAAGCAAUUUCCUUGUGAAAGUGGCGAUCGGAACUCUACCGCUAUCUUCAUUGGUAAUUGCAAUUGUGUUUUCGCUCGUUUCAUCUUUGAACUACCCGGGGGGUGUUGCAUUGAGUCAGUUCAACCACUGCGUUUUAGAAAACAAGAUCACAAAUGCAAUUGUUCACAUGGACGUUCCUGCCUGCAUGACAGGCAUCACGAAAUUUGGUGAACUUGACGACAAAUACAACAUCCAAUAUGACAAAAGCGAGACGUUGGCCGCACAGAGAAGGGCUUGGCCAACUUUCGAUUAUCUUAUUUCGGCUAUUGCCGAACCAAAGCACUUCACAGUACCGGGUGAGAAUUCUUGGGAGCUUUUGCACACCACUAAAGCAUUUUCCGGUAUCCGUCUGCCGUUUUUCAAGCAACUUGCUCAAGACGAGCUGAAAAACAAUUUCCCCCUGGCACGUCAAAUUUUGAGAUCGCGAAGCUUAUUUCCACUCAUGACGGUGGUGCAAGCCAACAUCACUGAUGAUGCCUUGUACACAUUUCGCAGGAUCAGCUCAAAUUCCGACACUUAA